AUGAUAAUUCCUUUACCACAUUUUGCACCAAAUUCAGAACAUUGUUUUAUAUAUGGUCCUGAACUUAGUCAACAAACUUAUGCGGCAUUCAUAACUAUUCCCCAUUGUGACUUGGUUUUUCCACAAUAUGCCGAACGAGGUGUGAUUCUCACUAUCAGUGCACUUUCAACGACUACUAUUCAGUUAAUUGCUGCGGAAGAUGUGGGAAAAUUUGCAGCCGCUGCUUUCGCCAACCCAAUGAAGUUCAAUCGUUUAGAAAUCGAAUUGGCUGCUGAGUGGUUAACAUUUCCUCAAAUCGCUCAACAAAUAAACAGCAUCACAGGCAAAAAUGUCCGAUCAGAAGUUGUGGCGCAAGGUGGCGCACUAUCCGCUGGCGUACCUCCGUACCUUAUUGAGAGUGAAGUCUGGUGGAACGAGGUUGGCUAUUCGGCAGCUGAUGUAGAUACUGCAAAAAGCUACGGAAUACCUUUGAUUUCGUUUAUAGAUUGGGUACAAAUGCACAAGAAUGAAAUCAUCAGCAGUUUACCUUAA